AUGGCGCAGAGCUACCGAGCACUCGCGGCGCUCUUCCCGAGCGAGGUGCUCGUCACUUCCACUGCUUCUCCCGCGCAGCGUGGUGCGCUUUAUGUGCUGGACACUGCAUCGGGGUCUGCGGCGCCGCUCCUGCACUGGAAAGGCGCGACGCACGUCGGCCAGCACAGGCUUGCCUGCCUCGGCUCGUCGACCCAUGCAGCGGGCGACGCAGGAAUGAGUGGGAUUGUGAUUGCAAUGGAGCAGGACAAGGCGGUGCUGCAGGUAUACUCAUGGCAAAAAGACCAGCCGGUCGCGCGAAUUGUGCUACCGCAAAAAAUGACGUGCAUUGCCCUUUCACCGGACGGCACGUUUGUCGCUGCAGGCAGCGACGAUGGGCGCCUGUAUGUCUGGGAGCUUGCCACAGGCGCGCUCAUCUGCUCUUUCGAGGCACACUACCGCGCUCUGCGCCUCCUGCGUUUCACAAGCGACGGCGCGGCACUCGCGACCGGCGGCGACGACGCGCGCAUCUGCGUCUGGAGUUUGCCGGGUAUUGUACAGCACACGGACCUUGCUGGCGAUGCACAGCAUGGAAGAGGCGCGCCUUCACCGUACGCAACGUUUGCAGACCAUACACUGCCGAUCUCGGACCUGGUCAUGUGCGCGGGCCGCUUUCCAGAAGGCGCGAAAUUGUGGUCUGCCGGUGCUGACGGCACUGUGAAAUUGUGGGAUCUGCGCACGCGCAGAAUGCUGAGCACAUUUGUGUUUGCUGCGCGCGUCGCAUGCCUUGCGGUCGAUCCCAUGGAGCGCUUCUUUUUCGCGAGUGUCGACGAUGGGAAAGGCGUGGCGUAUCGCGUUGAAAUGUACACGGAUGCGCCGGGCACUUGGCAUGCGCGCGCCACGCGCGGAGAGGCAGGUGAUGUCGAGCGCAUCGAUCCGGCACAUCCGCACGUCCAGCUCCAGCAUGGGAUCACCUCGCUCGCGCUUUCGAUGCACGCUUCGCAUGCGCUGCUCGGGACCGUCGCAGGCCAAGUGCAUGUCGUGGAUGUGACCAACCUGCAAGUCGUGCGUGUGUUGCAUGCAUGUGCUUCACAGCAAGCGACCGAUAACACGCCCGUAACCAAUAUUCUCGUGGUGCCCCGCCCGCCAGACAUGAUGCGUGCGCUGCAACUCAAUGCUGGCGGCAAGCGUGGAGCGACAAGAGAUGCCGACGCGGCGUGCAGUACAUAUAUGGACAUUCUACCGCAGCGCCCAAUUGCAAACCAGCUUGCAAGGACGCUGUGUGAUCCUUUCGAGAUGCCGCUCGUACCUAUGCGCCUCGGCGCGGCACCGGGGAGCGAAGCGGUGCACGAAUACCUCCUUGUGGACCGUGCACACCACAAGGAUGAUGCACCCGCCGACUCUAAUGAACCGGCAUCUACCGCCGAUCCUGCUCUGCACGCGCGGAUCGCCAAGCUAGAGUCGCAGCUGCAGCGCGCCAAGGCGCUGAACGACGAAAUGUGGCAGCAGCUGGUGCAUAAAAAUGUCGGCGGCGAUGCAAACGAUACCCUAUAG